AAUCGUAUCAAGAUCAUUAAUGCCAUAAAAAUGUCGUGACCUACGGCAGAAAUUUUUUCACAUAAACACAAAAAAAUAUAACGGGGCUAGUCUUGUCUUGUUUUGUUUUCAAAUAUCUAGAUCAUUGUAGACAAACUCGAAUAAUGUCAUCAUCAUCACCGAAAACAACAACAAAAACUAUGGUGAAAUCAUCAAUAAUACCGACAAUAGCAAAUUUCCGGCCAUGUGAAUCAACAGAUCAUCGACAUUGUUUCUAUGACGAUGGGAACUUGCAGCAUCAUUCAUCAUUUGUUUUCCGUCAACAAUCAUCAUCAUCACCAGUAAAUAACAAGAUUGGGCCUUGUAAUGAUGAUUAUUUUAAAGGUAAACAACAAACAAACAAAACACAAAUUGAAAAAAUCAAUUUACCAAUGCAAAACAACAAAUUAAAUGAUAGCUUAAUAGCAAAAAACAAUAUUACAUUAGCUAGUAGUAAAAAACUGCCAUCAUCAAUAAUGAACACCGUUAAAAAGGCGGAUUCAAUACCUCAAAUAGCAAUACCUCAAUUAUAUUUGUCAUCAGCAUCAACUUUGCGGUCGCCCAGGAGAUACGACAACAAUCCAACAUCAUCAUCAUCUCAACAACAUUAUGUUUCGAAUAACUGUCCAGAUUAUGAUUCUAGUGUCACCACCACGACCACCCAUUCCUCAAUGAUUAUAGAAACAAUAUCCAACAACAAAAAUAAUGAUAAUAAUCAAAGAUUAGAUAAAUUUAAUGGAUUUAUCAGUGAAAAGCUAAAAAAUCAACAAAAGUCAACAAUAAAUACAAUGAAACAAGUGUUUGAUUCAAAAUUUUUAAAAUUGCAAUCUAUACGCAGUCAAAAUCAUCAUCCAACAAUAAAUUCUAAACAAAACUCUGUUAUUAUUCUAAAUCAUUCAUCAGUGAAAAUGUUGACUGAUACUGACAAACAAAAUUUCAAUCAUAAUCAUGAUAUAAUGGGUGCACCAAGUGUAAAAUUAAAACACUGUUAUUAUGAAAAUAAUUUUAAAAAUGAAAGGUUUGCACAUAAAAAGUGUUGGCCAUACCAUCACCAGCAACAGCAUCAAAAUAUUUUAUCAAAAUUAUUCUUCUUCACCAUAUUAUCAUUAUCAUCAUUAUUCUUAAAUAUAAUUAUACCUGUGAUCUCAGCUCAAUCUCUUCAACAACAACAACAUCAUCAACAAUCAUCCCAACAUUAUUCUCGAUAUUAUCCACCAUAUGUGAUUGAACAACAAUCUCAAACCACAAAUCAAAAUCAGCAAUCAUUUAAUCAAAGACAAGGAAGAGUAAAUGAUUAUGAUGUUCAUAGAACUGCCAAAAAUGAUAAUAAUGAUGAUGAAUAUCGAUUAUCUUCAACUUUCAAUGGUGGUGAAAUAUUUGGUCGAAAAAUUUUGACCAAACAUCGUAACGAUGAUUAUACUAAUAUUAAUAGUAUUAAAAAUUAUGAAGCUGAUUAUGAAAUACGAUCCAAUAUUAUUAUACAUUCGAAUAGUCAUUUGAUCAUUGAACCAGGUGUACGUUUAACAUUUUUACCGGGUAUCGGUAUCAUUGUUCAUGGAUCAUUGAAUGCAACGGGCACAAGCACAUCAAAAAUAAUACUUACAUUAAAUAAUGGUACAACAAGAUUGCCUAUAAUUAAUUACGAAAGUAAUCAUCAAAAACCAUUAUGGCCAAAUAUACGAUUAGUUGAUGGUCAAAGUGUAGAACAAGGACGGCUACAAUUGAAAUAUAAAGGCCAUUGGCAUUCAGUGUGUACGAAUUCACGUAAUUGGACACGAAACGAUGUUGAAGUUGUAUGUCAUCAACUAGGAUUUACCGGUGGUCAUUGGUUUCGAUGGUUUACGCGUAAUAAUGAUAGUCGACAAUUCAUGUUAGAAAACCCUGGAUGUCAUGGCGAUGAACCGACCUUCCAAAAUUGUCAAAAUUGGCCACAAAGACGUAUCGGCAGUGGUGUUUGUAAUUUUCACCAAGAUAUAGGCAUCAGCUGUGAUAAUAAACUAACGUCUGUUAAGCAUUGGCGUGGAAUCGAAUUUAUAAAUUCUGAUUCGCAUGUAACAUCGAUCAUGUCAAACAAAAUGGAUUCACGUAGAUCCAAGUCAGCCAUCGAACAUGUAAUCAUUGAAUAUGCAGGCCAACAAUCAGAUGGAAAAUUAAUGCCGGCAUUAUCAUCCAUCGGUAGUGUUCCGCCACACAUCAAUCAUCUUGCCAUUUAUCGUUCAGCAUAUACAGCAUUAAAUAUUACGGAUCCAAUCAAUGGAUUUGAGAUUAUGAAUUCAAAGUUUAUAGAAAAUCGUGCCUACGGUGUUUAUGUUAAUACUUCAACUGGUCGAGUUCAUUUAUCGAGUGUCGAAAUCGAAGACAAUGGAGCCGAUGGUGUUCGUUUUGUUCAUUUCGAUAAGGCAUACUAUUCAUCAGAUAAUUUCUGUGAAACACCAAAUCUAGGAACAAGCCAAGUGUUUCCAAUUAAAUACACGCAUCGACAAUCAGUUUCAAAGGCACCUAAAGAGGAAUGUUGUCAAGAGUUCUAUUCCAAAGAUUGGGAAGGUCAACGAAUAACAGUUCAUUUUCCAUUACUAAUGAGCGGUAUUGAAGAUUAUGAUGCAAUGAAUGAAUAUUUAGUACAACCGUAUAUGCCUCAUGUCGGCCGUGAAGGAUCAAUCUAUAUUGUUGAUGGUCAUUCUGGACGAAUUAUUGCUGAUUUUUUUAUUCGAAAUCAUACCAAAAUACAAAGUGUUUCAUCAAUCAUCGGUAAUGGACCAUUACGAAUUUGUUAUCGUCCAGCACAUUAUCGCCGAGUAUUGUUCACCAUACAGGUGGUAGUCGAUUAUGGUAGAGAAUAUGAUGUUACCAUAUCGAAUAGCCGCAUUGUGGCCAACAAUGGUCGAGGAUUAUGGUUUCAAGAUCUACAAAGUGGUGCCGUUGUGAAUCGCACAUUGAUUUCUAAUCAUGAUUAUGUAGCCGGUUUAGAUGUAGAUCGUGGUGUUGGCGAAAUAAUUGUCAAUAAUAGUAUCAUUAGUAAUAAUAUAGCUGAUGGUGUCAACAUAACAAACGGUGGCGGAUACCUUCACAUUGAUAGAACUGAAAUUGUCAAUAAUACAGGCCGUGGAAUUGCUGUAUGGUUCAAUGAAUCUAUCAAUCUUAGAGCAUUCAAUUAUAGCUCGCAUGUGACCAGAUGUGCAGUAUCUAAUAAUCAGAUUGGCCUUUUAAUUUUUAGCGGUUGUCAUUUUCCUUCAUCUUUAUGGCAUCAAGGUGCAUAUUGGAAUAUAAGUCUCAAUGACUUUUUUGACCAACGUGAACAAGCCUUACUAUAUCAUUCAUGCAUUCCAAGACCUAGAAUAUUGAAAAUGCAAUUAAAACCAUUGGUAACUAAUAUAUCCAUCGGUCAUAAUCGUUUUCUAUCAAACGAAUUACAUGCAAUACAUGUUGCGCCAUUAUUUUUUACUAAAUUGAACAUUGCCCAUAAUGAAUUCAGUGGACAUAAAAAAGCUGUUUUAUAUAUAAAUUCUCAAGAUCAUUUUCGUGUACAACAAUUUGUUGAAGAUGCUGAACGUUUUCCGUUUUCUUUUUUCAAUGGCAAUGCGUACAAAAACGAUGGUGAACAUACAUUGAUGAAUCAACGAAGUUUAGCACUAGAUUUAUGGCCAACUGUUGUUCGUAUAAGAAAUAAUAAUUUUCACAAUAAUCGAGGCUUUUAUGUUGCCAGUAUUGGUUUAUUAGAACCCGAAUCCUCAAUUAACAUGAAUUUCAGUUCACUGUCGCAAAAAAUAUUGUUUACACGUAACAUUCUUCAUGAUAAUAUUAUCCGUGAACCAUUUGAAAAUCUUAAUUCACGUUCACGUAUUGCAGCUGUACUAUGUGUCACUUCAAGUAAUGUUCUCAUAUGGCGCAAUGAAUUUAUUAAUCCCGGUUCUAAGUAUGAAUUAGGAGUUCAUCUUGGUGUUCAUUAUCGGCUUGUGAAUGCUUCACUCAACUAUUGGGGAACAUCAACCACAUCAAUGCGUAUGAAUUUCGGUGAAUAUCAUGGCGACAAACAUCUCGAUUCAGCUGCAGAAAUUUAUGAGAGAAUUUUUGAUCGAAAAAAUCGCUAUAAUUUGGCUCAGGUUGAAUUCCUUCCAUAUAUAUUGAUACCGAAUGCCUUGGAAUCGGAUCGUAGUGCAUUAUCGUUGGUUAAUGAUCGUGAGAAAAUUUCACAAUUUUUUCAUGGAAAUCCAACUGGUGAAAUCGGUGGCCAAGUAAAAGGUCAGGUCAAUUUACGACCAGGAAAAUAUUUUGUUAGACAUGAUAUCUACAUUAGUCCCGAAGGUGAACUAGUCUUAAAUCCAGGAACCAUAUUGAAUUUCGAUCAAUCUGUGGGAAUAUUUGUUCAAGGAAAAUUCAAAGCCAAAGGACAGAAAAAUUCGGACAUCAAAUUUUUGUUAUCCUCAAGCAAAUCAAGCAUUUAUCGCUUGAAAAGAAAUGUAACGCUUCCUUUUGAAGUAAAUGAUGCCAUCAAUUCAACAUUGAAAAAAUUUACCAAUCAAACCGGUUUAGAUCAAAAAUCACCCAUUUCAUUCAAAUUAAAACAAACAUCGUUUCCAAUGCAAAAUAUAAGAUUGUCAAAUGGUACUGAAGGUCUGCUUGAAGUGAAAAUCGGAAACGAAUGGGGCACCGUUUGUGGUUAUAAUUUCGAUAUUGAAGAUGCUUCUGUAGCAUGUCAUCAAUUAGGAUUAGUUCUUAACGAACGGGAUUGGCGUCUUGAAAAAUCAGAAUUCUGGAGUUCAAAAAAUUCUCGUAAUACGUUGCUGACUAAUGUUAAAUGCACACAUCUCGAUACUGAUUUGACUAAAUGUAAAGCUGAAAGAUUGAGUAGCAACGAUUUUGAAGGUGGUUGGUGUCCAAAAGGAGAAGUGGGUAUACGAUGUUUUCCAGAAGCUUGGGCUGGAAUUCGUUUCGGUAUGCUUACACAGGAAGUAAUUCUUGAACAUAUUACAGUGGAAAAAGCUGGUCUUAUUGAUUAUCGUACCAGACAAUUCGGACCGGCAAUACAAUUUGAUUUUAAUCGAUUUGCUAUUAGAGAUUCAAUUAUAACAUCGAAUAUUGAUUCUGGAAUCGGAAUUUUAUGGAACGAUGUAAUAAGUGAACCAAAUGAUGAUCGAUUACAGAUUAUUGAUACAAAAAUAAUGGGAAAUCUAAAUCACGGUAUCGUGACCAGUACACAAGGAAAUCGUAUCGAAAAUUGUUUGAUUGCCGAUAAUAAAGUUUCCGGGUUACAUUAUGAGCCGAAUUUCAGUCGUGAAAAACAAGAAGAAUUAGCAUCGUGGAUUGUAAAACAACCUAUUCAUAAUCGAAAAACAUCGGUUUUCAUAAUCAUACCCGGUGAAACGGCUUCAGAUCAGUCAAUAUAUUUGGGUGAUAUUGGUCGACAAGUUUAUGUUUACGUUCCACGACGACCAACACCGAUGUCUAAACCUUUUAAUCUAUUAAUAAGAACCGAUCCGGGUAAACGUAUUGGUGUGAUGGCUAUAAGUCCAAUAUUUUUGACAAGAUCAUCCGAAUCUUUACGGCUUUAUUCACCAUUGAUAGAUACUGUUCAUGCUUCAAAAAUGAUGUGGGAUUUACGUCGUAAUCUAACAACAUUUCCAUUCAUAUAUCCAGGCUAUCGUCUUAUGUUAGAAUAUUCUACUGGUGAAUUACCUUAUGGCGGUAUUCUGUUAUUGUUUACACCAAAACAAUAUCUUCGAAAUAUACCGGGUGAGCCAAGUUUUGUUGAAAAAAGCAUUCAAGAACAACGGGACAUGAAUACGAUGAUAAUUGAAAAUAAUCAAUUUAUUGAAAAUGGAAAAGGCAUUUCUAGUGCACAUUGUUCGAUGAACAUCGAUUUGAAUGGAAACUAUUGUAAACGAUAUGGAAAUGAAACAAUAAUUAUACGAAACAACAUGAUAACAAAAAGCAAAGGAGCCGGUUUAUUUGUCAAUUCAUUUGCUCAUUCAUCAAUGAUACCAUAUUCAUUGUUGGUAAAUAUGAUCGAAUUUAAUGAAAUGCCACGACAAGAAUAUGAUAUUACAUAUGCUUCAUCAGUGAUUGCAGAAAUCAAUUACACAUUGAUCGAAAAUCGUUUUGUCGAAAAUGUUGAAUUCGGUUCUAUUGUUUUAUAUGACCAUUCGUUAUAUGCAAACAGUGAUAUGCAACAAGUUACGGUCCAAUCGAUGCCUGGUUUUGUUUUGUCUAAUGCAAUCGGGGCUAACUAUCCAUCAAAUACCAAUCUAUUUCAUUGGAAUAUCCAUCAUUGUACACUUGAAGGAAAUAAAAACGGUGGUAUUGAUCUUAAAUUACCAUACACAUGGCUAUAUAAUGAAAAUUUUACACAUACUGUUGUGAUAGAAGAUUCUAAAUUUUUAAAAAAUCAAAAUUUCGAAUUUGUCAUUGGUGGUCAUUACGCAAAAGUGAAUAUUACACGCAAUGAAUUUUUGGAUAAUCAAUGCAAAAUUGGUCUUGUAUCAAUUGUUGGAAUGGAAAAACUAAUUAAAAUUGUUCAAAAUGAAAUGAAUGAUAAUUUGGUUCAAAGAUAUGUAAUCGAAAUGAGCAUGGAAAGUCAUGCAGAUAAAUUUGGAACUGUUACCGCAAUGAUCAACCAAAAUAAGAUUCGUAAUAAUCGCUUUUUCGGUGCAGCUUUACAAUUUACGAAUACAGAAGAAAUAAGCAAUUCGUAUACACCUGAAACAUAUGCAAUCGCAAUUCGUGGACUGCAACAGGUGAAUGUUACGCGUAAUAUUCUAACCAAUCGAAAUCUUCAAUUCGAAUUAUUGGCUGGUGUAAAAGCUGGAUCAAUACACAAUGAAUUGAAUGCAAGAGAAAAUUUUUGGGGACUUGGUUUCGAUACGCAAACAAUCCGAGAACGUAUAUUUGAUUUUGAUGAUUGGAAUAGUUUUUCGACAACGAUAUUUUCACCAUGGUUGGCUGAUGAUAAUACCAAUGCUUUGUUAGUUCAUGAUCAAUCUGCGAUGGAUGCAUCAAGCCAUUCAUCAUUCGUACCACAAUUAUUAGGCGGUCGAUUAAAUCGAUCAUUAAUGUUACAUGCACGUGACCGUCCUUAUAUAGUCCAAACCGAUUUAACCAUCAUGCCAGGCACUACUUUAACAAUAGGGCCAGGUGUCGAGAUCGAAUUCUAUCCAUCUGUUGGGAUAUUAGUUCUUGGAGAUUUGAAUGCCGCAGGAAUCGAAAAGAAACCGAUUUUAUUUCGACCAAUAGCCCGUAAUUCAAGCCAUUUAUCACGACCAACAAUGAUGAAUUCAUGGUCGAAACGAUCAAAAAGCUAUGAGCGAAAACGACAAAUCCCGAUGACCGAACAAUUAGUUUAUAGUAAAAGUGAUCAUGGUGGUGUACGGCUUUGUCUAACGGAAACAUGUGAUCCUGAAUCCGAAACAAAAGCUGAAGAAAUGAUGAAACAUCAGCUCUCAUGGUUUGCAGAUUUAGGAUAUCCCAAAUUGGCAAGCAAUGGUCGAAGACGUCAUGGAUUUAUUGAAAUCUACAAUCUAACAACACUUCAAUGGACACCUAUUUGUGAUCCUAGAUUUACCGAACGUGAUGCACAAGUUGUAUGCCGACAAUUAGGCUUUUCAACGUUGAAUGUAUUCGUAGGUCGAGCUUCCCGACCUGACAUGGAUCCUACAUUGAUAACGAGAAUAUCUGAGUGGCCCGAAUCAUUGGAAUGUAAAGGAUCAGAAUCAAAUCUAGCUGACUGUGAUCUACGUACAUUUUCUAAGGAUAGCUAUGAUCGAAAAUCAAUUUUAUUUGAAAAUGCACCUCUCUACCAUUCUAAACUUCUAUCAACAAAUUUUUAUCGUAAAACUCACCAAAAUCAAAUUGUUGAUAAUCAAACUCAAGAGUUGCUAUUCUACAUGAAUGAUGAUUGGCGAUCAUUGGAAGAACGAACAUUGAUUCAAAGUACGGCAUGUCGUCACGAUGGUGAUGAAUUUGUCUAUAUAUUUUGUGGUGAAGAUAAUAACAAUGAUGAAAUCCAAUCGUUUGAACAUUGGGGAGGCAUUCGAUUUGCUUUGCCUGAAUUCGAAGAAGAUGAUACAAAGAAAUUUUUGACUAAUCGAGAAAAAAUUACAAAAAGUGCCAUGCAUUAUGUUAAUGUUAUUGGUGCUGGUGUAUUGCAUGGCGAAAAAAAUGCGGCCAUACAAAUGAUACAACGAUCGAUACCACUAGAAUUUGUGAAUAUUUAUAACAGUGCCUAUCAUGCUGUGGAAACUUUAGCUCCACCAGAAUCUUUAAGAAUACAUCGUCUUCGAGCCGAAAAUAAUUUAGGUGCCGGCCUGAAUCUACUGUUAUCCGGAACAUCAACAUCGGAAAGUCCACGUAUUCCUUACGAACCGAUUGCAGAUGGAUCAGUAUUCACAGUACCAUAUAAUGCAUUCUCAUUGGUUGAUAUUUGUGAUGCACGAAAACAGUUGCGUGUUAAAGAAAAAAUAAUUGUCUAUUAUAAAUACGAUAAUCGACCUGUUGAUUGUGUUAAAAUAUUCACCAGUGCUAAUCCAUUGAAAAAUAUCGGCAUAAGGUUCUUACAAUUAAAUCUAUGGAGUAAAUUUACAGAAACGCCUGGCAAAGUGAAUACAUUUGAAGAAGAUUAUAUACAAGGCAAGAAAUUUACCUACCAAACCGAGGAUAUAUUUCACAAUAAAAUUCAUGAGCUUAUCGAUGAAACAACUGGUUCAUAUGUUGAUGCAUCAUUGAUUACUUCUAUGUCUGAUUCGAUCAUGAUUUGGGAUGGUGAUAUUUUCAACGAAACAACUCGACGUUUAAUUGGUGAAGUUUACAGUGAUUCAACACAAGAAUUUUUACAACGCACAACUGUCAAUCCAUUAUGGCCAAAAACUUCAUCUCGACAACGUCGAUAUGCUACAUCAACGCGAGGGCCACCAUCAAAUACGAAAAAGCAAGAAUCAUCAGCAAAAAACAUUCUUUAUAAAUCUACUGGUUUUUCAAUGAGUCUACAGCUCCAUGUUUCAGGCGCAUCCGGCCGAUAUGGUUUUAUAGCUGAAGUGACAACAUUACCAAGUGCUUAUCAUGAUGAACGAGAUAUACAACAUAAUAUUACAUUUUCCGAUAUCAAUGAUAAUACUGCCGGUGCAUUAUUGUAUCGAAGUGUUGGUGAAAGUGUGCCACAAUUAGCUUUGCUGAAUAAUAUGUUCAAACGAAAUUGUCGAAAUCUAUGGGGAAAUUUUAGCACAUGUGAAGGACAGACAAUUGAUCUCAAGAUACAGAAUUCACCGCAUCUUUACUUUCAGAAUAAUUUGAUAACAGACAAUCGCGCUGGUGGUCUAAAAAUAUCUGCCACUUCAUUCACAGCGGUUGCCGCACUUAACGCACAUUUAAUUAACAAUUUAUUUGCCGAUAAUCAUCAAAAAGAAGCCCUGUAUUUUGAAGGUGCAAAUAGUUAUCAGAAAGUUGAUGUAGAUCGAAAUUAUUUCAGCCGAAAUCGAUCGCCACAUCGAUCAAAUAUGGUGUUUGGACGAGCAAUCGUUGAAUUUCAUGAGAAUGUCAUCAUCAACAACUAUGGUGACAAUCAAUUGUUUAUGGCUGGAUUCGCUCAUGCACAAUCAUCCUCAAAACUUCAAAGAUGUACAAAGAAUUUUUUCUACAAUAAUCAUGCCAAAAAUGAACGAGGUGAACAGAGUACAAUCAUUGUCAGCACCAUUGGUCAGAUUUACACCGAAAAUUAUUUGGUAAAUCCAGAUAAUGAUUUUGAAUUAUCUACACGAAAUCGAACAAUUAUAAAUGCAGCCACGUAUUCACUCAAACAAAAUCUGAUCGAACCAACAUCAUAUGCCGCUGUAUUGGCAUCAGCCAUCGUGCAAGCACCUUAUAAUUGGUGGGGUUUCAAUGAAACCAGUGCUAUCGAAGCUCGUAUUCGUGAUUCACGGGAUUCAUUUUAUCUCAUACCGGUACAAUUUGAACCAUUCUAUUCUGGAAAUUGGUCAGUACUAAGUGGUUCAUGUUAUGGUGGAUAUCAGAAGAUUGCGGACACUUGUUUUGUUUAUGUGGGUGGUCGUAUGACUUAUGAUCUUGCAAGAAAAUUCUGCAGUAAAGAUAAUUCAUCAAUGCCAUUCAUAAGAGCAUCUAAUCAAGAAGAAUUGAUGCAUUAUAUUUAUCUACAACAACCAUUAUUUAAUCGUCGUCGCCAUCCAGUAUGGAUACAAUCGUUUGAUGUACCAAUCGGUUCAUGUUCAGUGCUAAUCGAUGGUCAUGUUCGUGUACAUGAUUGCAAUGAUGAAUUACCAUUCUUAUGCGAACGAGAUCCAGAAAUUGGAAUCAGUACGGCAACAUUAGAUUAUUGGUAUCAAGAACCAUUAGGAAUGGCUGUUAUUGGUAUAUCUUUCUUAACAAUGUUACUCACGAUGGCUUGUGUUUGUUGCUGGAUUUGUAAAUCUCGACAUAGACAUUUGGAGAAAUUAGAACGUCGUAAUUCGAUUCGUGCUUCAAUAAGAUCAAGUCGAUCACUUGCUUCAAUGAGUGCAUUGAAUGAUAGUCAAUAUUUUACUAAUAGGAAAUUAUUAUCUGAAUCGAAUCCAAAUGUUAAUGGAUCGAUUAAUGGUUCAAUAAAUCCAUCUUAUCGACCUAUUCCUCCGCAAAAUUCUAAUGGUCAUCAGCGACAUUCACAGUCAAUCCAACAGGAUCAUUAUGGAGGCUCUUUAUCAUCAACAUUUCCUAUAUAUACAAGCGAUCAUAAUGAACGUCUUGUAUUGGCACAAAAACGUUAUGAAGAUGCAGUUAAAUAUGGCCACAAUUCCCGACCAUCGAAUAUAGAUGUAAUUCGAUCAUCAAAUUUGCAACAACCUACAUUCGACAUGGUAUAUGAUAAUCGCGCGUUCAAACAAGGGCCAACUGAUCAAUCAACGCCAAUGAUGUCUCCGUUAUCAUUUUCAUCGAGAGAAGAACAUCUUAAUCCGACAAUAAGAACAUGGACACCCGAAACGAAUUCUACAUUAGAUUUCAAAGUUAAACCUGCAUUAGAUCCACAAGAAUUAUCACAAUAUACGGGAUCAUCUGAAGAUCUGAAUAAACCACCACCAUCCACAUCAUCAUCAGCUGCAUCAGAUUUACCAUCACCAACCUCUGGACAAUCAUCAAAUAGACCACGUUUUUAUCACCCUAGAUCGCAACAAUCCACCAUGAUGAAAUCUCAACCAAUACAUCCAGUUCCACAGCCACCAAUUCGUCGUUUGAUACAAUCGAGAGAUCAAAGAAAUGAAACCAAUAGACAACGUCGUAGUAUGGAUCCGACAAUGUUCUUACAUCAUGAAGCUGAAGAGCCAUCUAUUUUGAAUGAAAAUAAAGAUGUACAGAUGGAAACAACAUUUGAUCAUCAUCAGAAUGAGAUUCAUGAUGGAAAAGAAUUUAAAAAACCUAUUUAUCAUCAAACCGAUUUAGAUGGUGCUGAUAGAAAUUAUCAUAUGGGAGGUAGUCAACCAUCAUUGAUGUAUGGUUCAUAUGCUCCAUCAACCAUUGAAAGUGAAUCAAAUAAUCCUUACCUGGAAACAUCGUUAGAUAAUGACUCAUUUCAUGAUCACAAUUUUCCGGUCAGUGCCAAUUCCCAAUACAAUUUAUCAUCUUCAACAAAUGCUGCCACAAAAGCAAGAUUAUAUGCCAGUCAACCAUUAGAAACAUCUAUGUAAACUUUUCAUCAGGAUGGAUCAAUGCUCAUUAACCUAUGCAAUUUCUUUUCUGAUAAUUUUUCUCAUUUUUUAAUCAUUUUUUUUGAAGAAUUUU